AUUUUUUUUUUUUUUUUUGUUUUUUGUUUUGUUAGUGCUCUUUCUUUCUUCAUGUUACUUUUUUUACUCUGCUGUGUAUUUGCCAAUUCUGUUCUUACCAAGAAUUGUUGAAAUUUGGCAUCUUUCCAGACAAUUGCUUGAUGGGUUGUUAUUAAUUUAGUGCGAUUUCGUUUAUCUAUAGUUGAUGGGCUUUGGGUAAUAGUUAAUGGGUAUUGGGUAAAGUCAUAAAUAAAUAAAUAAUCAGAAUCCUAGCAAUAAUAAUAACAAUAAUAAUAAUAUAUUAUAUAUAUUUUUGAUAUUGUGUAAAUCAGUGGAGAUUGUGGUUGAGUUGAUAGAUAAUAAUUAAUUAUAAUAUGGGAAAUGUGAAUGGAAGAGGAGAAGAAGAAGGGUUAAAUAGCCCAUCAGGAUCAGGUGGUGGUGGGAUUGAUGGAGGAGGAGGUGGCGGAGGAAGAGGAGGCAAUAACGGCAGCGAAGGGAUGGUUUCAUCAGAUGAGACCCACCUUGGGUACCUUCCGCCUCCUCCUGAGUUGAUGGGUCAGUCCCCUCCUCAUAGCCCGAGAGCCACUCACUCUCCUCUCAUGUUCACUCCUCAGGUUCCAGUGGUUCCACUGCAAAGACCUGAUGAGAUCCAAAGUCCAAGCAAUUCAUGGAUGCAAACUACUGUUGGUUAUGAAGAAAUGUGCGAUGAACAAGGGAUUCCAACAAUGAUUACAUGGAGCUAUGGUGGCAAGGAUGUGGCUGUUGAGGGAUCAUGGGAUAACUGGAAAACAAGAAUUCCCUUGCAGAGAUCUGGUAAAGAUUUCACUAUAAUGAAAGUACUUCCUUCGGGAGUUUAUCAAUACAGGUUCAUUGUUGAUAGACAGUGGAAGUACAUCCCUGACCUGCCUUGGGCCCAAGAUGAUUCUGGCAAUGCUUACAAUGUUUUGGAUUUGCAGAUGGAGUGGGCAGCUUUGUUCUCUAAUGGGCAAAUCAGCAUGAUUCUAUUGAUUAUGUUCCAGAGGACCUUGAGAGUAUAUCCAGUUUUGAACCACCUCAGUCUCCAGAGUCGAGCUACAACAAUUUGCAACUUGGGAAUGAUGAUUAUGCAAAGGAGCCGCCAUUUGUUCCUCCACACUUACAGAUGACGCUGCUCAAUAUGCCAUCAUCAUACAUGGAGAUUCCACCUCCUUUGUCAAGACCUCAACACGUGGUGCUCAAUCAUCUAUACAUGCAAAAAGGGAAGGGCAGCCCUGCUGUUGUGGCACUUGGUUCAACACAUCGGUUUUUGGCAAAGUAUGUGACAGUGGUGCUCUACAAGUCCUUGCAGAGGUAAUAACUUGUUGCACCUAUGCUGGCUUUUAGUCUGCGGUCCUUGAAUGUAGUCAAUAUAAUUACUAAGGUAAAAAGUCACAUCAGUGACUUAAGAAAAGCAUAGGAAAAAGUGAUCCAGAGAGGAACUUCAAAAGAAGAUUGUAUUUCAAAUAAUGCAAAUGCUUGGUAACCAUUGAUUAGCCAAUUUAUUUACUGUUUUGCUUGAACGAA